UUUAAAAGACCUCACACCAGCUCCACCAGCCCCACCUCUGUGAGAGUUUGAGGUUUAGGGGGGUCUGUGUGUCCUCGUCCCUACAGUACAAUAUGCUGUACACUGCCAGCAGCAGCUGCACUGUUACUUCCAUGUCUUGACCAGUAUGGGUAGAUGGAAACUGUGGUUUGUUCCGCUUCUGCUGCUAACGUUUUGUAUCGACAGCAAAGAGAUUCUUGUGAAAACCAUUGGGAGAGAACCAGAUGUCACUCCAUUAUGCACCAACACUACACUGAGUAUCAUCACACUGAUAGUGUGUAAGAUCAGCACAGAGAGGAGCCGGGGAGCAGAGUGUCGUCUGCUGUAUCAAUAUGGACAGGGCUUUGUGCACGAAUGUGACUCCAGAUUCACACUUAUGACAAAGAAUCAGACUGUGUUUCUCCACCUGACCAGUUUAAAACCAGAGGACAGAGGGAACUACACCUGUGAGUGUUCACAUCCUGGUGGAACAGAUAUUCUCCAUCUGAAUAUCACUGUGGAAGAGGAUGAAGACGCUGGCAGUUCAACACAAAUGCCUAUUCCGAGUGCUUUGAUUGGUGUAACUAUAGUCAUCAUUAUAACUGGAGUAAUUCUGGGAUUUAUCCUCAGAAAAAUUCACCACAGGAGACAACUGGAACCCCUGCCCAGUCAUCCAAACACGGAACCACAAGACACUGAGCCGUGCGGCACCUUCAUACAGAAAGAGAAUGAACUUUAUUCACCUGCCAGAAGUUGUGAAACUACUAUUAAUUAUUUUGAAGAGAUGACACAAAUUUAAGGAUGCCUUUGUAGAUUUUUAAUUAUAUAAUAACUACUCCGAUGUGAUGCAUGUUUUCCUGCUGAAUAGUAAGUGAAACAGUGCCCAUUGAAUAUUUCACACCUUGAAGCGCAUUUAAUUCUAAAACCUAGCUUAACCUAGUUUUCUAUAAAUUGUAUUCCUUUUUUUUUAAGUUAAAUGUUUUAAAAUUAGCACAUUGAGUGCAUUAUACUGUCCGACAAUUAUGUCCAGAAUAAAUUAUAUAAUAAAUGACUGUUUUAAACAAAGUUGACUCCUGUUCUUUUAUUGUCAGCUAUUCAGUCAAAUACCUACAAAGUCAUAAUAAUUAAACACUUAAAUUGUCAUAGUUUGGGGUUUUGUCCUGUUUCCUGUU